AGCACUGAAGUGGGUGUGAGGUGACCGCGCUCUCCGUCGUGAGCGGCCCGCGCGUUUCCUGCCGCCGCGGGGCGACAUGCGCGGUGCGGCUUUUCCGCAUACUGUCCUCCGCCACUUCCUCGUCCGUCGCCGCCGCAGCCAGAACAGACGAGUUCUCGUGCCGUUCGCGCGCUCGCCCUUUCUUCGUUGCCGCGAUUCACGCCGUCAUCGGGAGCAGCCGAGAUGUCGAAACCGCCUCCGAAACCCGCGAAACCCGGUCAGGUCAAAGUGUAUCGAGCUUUAUUCACCUUUGACCCAAGAACUCCUGAUGAACUCUACUUUGAAGAAGGAGACAUUUUGUACAUCUCUGAUACAAGUGACAGUAACUGGUGGAAGGGGACCUGCAGGGGAAGGACAGGCUUAAUUCCCAGCAAUUAUGUUGCUGAACAGGCUGAAUCAAUAGAUAAUCCAUUGCAUGAAGCUGCAAAACGAGGAAAUCUCAGCUGGCUCCGUGAGUGUCUGGACAAUAAGGUGGGAAUCAAUGGCCUGGACAAGGCUGGAAAUACUGCCCUGUACUGGGCCUGCCAUGGUGGACACAAAGAUGUCGUUGAGCUUUUACUGGGGCAUGCUAAUAUUGAACUAAAUCAACAGAACAAACUGGGAGACACGGCACUGCAUGCUGCAGCAUGGAAAGGGUACGCCGACAUAGUGGAGAUGUUGCUCAACAAGAAUGCCCGAACAGACGUCCUGAACAAUGAAAAGAAGCUGGCCUUGGAUAUGGCCACCAACGCACAGUGUGCCUCCCUACUGAAACGAAAACUAGGAAGCAACAUCACUCGAACGCACAGCAACGCAGAGGAGUACCUUGAUGACGAAGACUCUGACUGAACUCUAGCUACACAUGUCUUGCUGUUCUUUCUGUUCGGGGGGUGUUGGGGUUUGAAUGGGAUAAGAUGUAGGUCUCUACAUUCCAGUUUUCUAUAUGCAAACUGUUUCUUUGCUUCAGGGAAUUUACUUGUGUUACACAUGCGAUGGAAAAGCCUGCACGUUAUUUGUGCCUGAUAACGUUUUGAAUGAACGAACUCAGGCGGUAGAAGGAAGCUAUUUCUUGCAUCAUUCAAGGGAAUGGGUUAUUUUCUUUUUAAAAAUGUGUGCAUGCAUGCGAAAGGUUCCUCGUAAUAUCACCUCUAGCCUUAAAAUUGUAGUAAAUUUUGCUCCGUGUGUGUGUGUGUGUGUGUAUAUACACACACCUUGGAGACUGCUGCUCAAGUAGUUUUGAAAUCUUCCUUUGCUUCAGAAAAAUAUGCUACUUAUCUGUUAAAGAAGUUGUUAAUCGGAGUCUGACAAAAUUUUAAAGCCUUAUUAGUC